AUGACCGCUCAAUCCAUCAGGCUCCUCGUAUCUCAACUGAGCUGGGGAACGAUAGACUCCACUCCAAAACAACAUCCCAUCGACUAUCCCGCUCUUUUAGAUUAUGCUUUAAACGUCAGACUAUCUUCACUACAGGUCUCCUCGCCGCCCUUUUCAAAAUGCGUUUUACUCCCACAACUCAACUUUGGUGGGCUUCAUCUCGUCCGGCUUAUCAAGUUUGAUGAUGAUGAAAUCUGGGUGGUGCGCAUCCAGCUGAAUGGCGGCACGCAGCAAGCAACGCAGCGACUGGUUGGAGAAGUUCAUGUCUUGUCUCUCGUCCGCGAACGGACUCGCAUCCCUGUUCCAUCUAUCUUCGCAUUUGAAAGCACGACUGAAAAUCCCGUCGGCGUGCCAUUCUUCCUGAUGGAGUUCGUGCCGGGUGAUACUGUGAUGGAUUCAUUUGGCGGUUACGAGGUCCACCGUGGUCAGAUUCCCCAACAUCACAAGCCUAGCUUCGUGCGACAGGUUGCUAAGUUACAAGUAGAGAUGGCGUCCGUUCGAUUCCCCCAGAUUGGGACAGUGAUCAAGCAACAUGAUGGUUCGUAUACCAUUGGACCUCUGCCCAUCCUAGGCGGACCAUUUUCCACAGCAGCCGAAUACUUUAAAGCAUGGGCGCAACAUGCCAAGUUCCCAAAAUCCGAAGCAGAACUACAACGGUACAUCCCAGAGGGACUCGAAGAACUGAAGUCUUCCAUCCUCGACUUCCCUUCGUUUUUGGCGGCUGCUGCAGAUCAAAUUCCCCUCCUCGAUGGGCCCUUCCCGUUGUAUCACCCCGACUUCCGCCACAGUAAUAUCAUCGUUGACGCCAACUGCAAUGUCCUCAGUGUUAUCGACUGGGAAAAUGCUUCGACAGUGCCAUGGGAAAUUGUACAACCACCACUGUUCCUCAGCACGGUCCCAGCCCCGAUGAAUUUGCCAUCGGGCUAUGAUGAGAACUGCCUUCCCAUAGACCCAGAAGAGAGAAGAUCGUGGCAAGAU